AUGGCGUGUAAGAGACUGAUCUUCGUUUGGGCGGUCUGGCUGGCGUUGCCCCUGGCAACCGGCCAUCUCAAUGUGCUUAUCAGCCAAGCAGAAGUAAUGAAACUUUUAGGCCUGGAUGCAGAAUUGUACUACGUGAGAGAAGGAGUAGUGAAUAACUAUGCUACGGGGUUCGUUGUGCCUGUACCAGCUCAUAUAGCAGACUUAGAAUUCAUGUGGCAAGCUUUGGGAAGAAGACCGCUGCCGUACGUUAUGGGAAUAGAUUAUGACGUCAGAGCGGCUAGGAGCGCCAUGCUGCCGCCACAAGUUAAUAUCUCGGAAAGAGGCUUCGUUCCUACAACGCUACAAACCUUUAGAGUGCGUCUACCGUGCACGGGAGCCAUCAGCGAAGAGAUCCUUGUCACGAUACAAUUGAAUAUUUCCUCCCCGGAACGAGCCAACAAGGAUGUUAGGCUGCUCUUUAAAAGGAAUAAAAUCUGUUUGGCUGGUGUGUCAACAAUUGUUACGCGCAACGAGACUGCCAGAUUAGCCGGUGACGCCUCCCACAGUUCAGGGGGAGUGUUGUUUGCUGCUGGGGGCUGUGCGGCAGCCGCCCUUGCUCUGCUGGCAGGAGCCGCAGCAGCAGGAACGUUAUACAAACGAGGGAACAAAGCCAGACAUCAUGAUUCUAUACAUACAUCAUACACUACAGCAGCAUACGGUAGCCACCAGAACGUAUUAUUACGAUUGGAUACACUCGGCCGCCCGCCCAGCUCCACUGGUUCUUACGCUACUAUCGCUAGUCUACAUAAGUUCCCCUUUGGUAGUCGAAGAUCGCCAUCUCCAUAUGCGACCACACACAUUGGAGAGCACGUGUAUGCGAAGCCGGAUUCCCGUGUAUCCUACUAUGCAGCCUCCAAUUUAACACAUGUCUCUCAGCAAACAAUAACUAAGGACCGCAUAACGGACCCAGCAGAACAACUUAGACUGCUGACUACUCCUCGGACAAAUAUUCGGCUGGAAAUUCUCGUGCAUGAAGGCACUUUUGGUAGAAUUUAUAAAGGGGUAUUCAAGCGAGGAGAUACCUACGAGGAGGUGUUGGUGAAGACAGUUUCAGACGCUGCAUCGGCAAUGCAAGCUGCAUUAUUGGUUGCCGAAGGUCUAAGGUUCUUUGGUCUAGUCCAUUCCAAUGUACUCUCACCGAUGGCAGCCUGUGCCGAAGAAGCCAGAAAACCUCUAUUAGUAUAUUGUUGUGUAUCACAUUCUUCUAAUCUUAAGAGAUUCUUAACAUCAUGUCGACUCGGUCAGCAAGCUGCGCCGGCGACGCGGGAGCUGGUGGAUUUAGGAGCACAACUCGCGUGUGGUCUCUCGUACUUACACGUGCAACGAGUAGUCCACGCUGAUGUUGCUUCUAGGAAUUGCAUAGUGGACGAGAAAUUAAGACUGAAAUUGACAGACACCGGUCUAUCUAGGGAUCUUUUCCCAGAUGACUACCAUUGUCUGGGUGACAACGAGAACAGGCCCGUCAAAUGGAUGGCCCCGGAAGCUCUUCUUCAUAACCAGUAUACCACAGCUGCAGAUGUGUGGUCUCUGGGAGUGACGUUAUGGGAAUUGGCGACUCUGGGUGCUUCCCCCCUAUCAGAGCUAGACCCAGCCGAUGUUGGUGCAUUUCUUAGUGGUGGCUACCGACCGGCGCAACCUCACAACUGUCCUGACGAAAUGUAUGGUUUAAUGAGUUGGUGUUGGACGACGUCUGCCGCCGCCCGCCCAACCGCGCCGCAACUUCUAGCUGCUCUACACGACUUUAGACAAGCCCUUAGUACUUAUAUCUAA